GAGAAGAGUAAAGUUCAUGGCUUUCCUGCUGGGGUGUGUCCCACUGUUGGUGUUGGUGGCCACUUGAGUGGAGGAGGGUAUGGUAACAUGUUGAGAAAACAUGGGUUGUCUGUUGACCAUGUUGUUGAUGCUAGAAUUGUUGAUGUCAAAGGUAGGAUUUUUGACAAGGAGGGUAUGGGGGAGGAUAUUUUUUGGGCUAUUAGAGGAGGGGGUGGAGCAAGUUUUGGAGUCAUUUUAUCAUACACUGUUAAACUUGUCCCGGUGCCAGAAGUUGUGACUGUUUUUAGGGUCAUGAAGAGUUUGGAUCAGAAUGAGAAUGUCACUGAGCUUGUUCUUCAGUGGCAGCAGGUGGCGCCGCACACCGAUGAUAGGCUUUUCAUGAGGCUGCUCUUGCAGCCUGUGAGUUCUAAGGUUGUGAAGGGGAAUAGAACCAUCAGAGCCACUGUGAUGGCUUUGUUUCUUGGAGGGGCUGAUGAGGUUGUCACAUUGUUGGAAAAGGAGUUUCCUUUUCUUGGCUUGAGCAAGGAGAAUUGCACUGAGAUGAGUUGGAUUGAUUCUGUGCUUUGGUGGGGUAACUUUGACAAUGCCACAAAGCCUGAUGCAUUGCUUGACAGGGAUUUAAACUCAGCAAGUUUCCUCAAGAGGAAAUCUGAUUAUGUGCAGAAACCAAUUUCCAAAGAUGGGUUGGAAGGGAUUUGGGAGAAGAUGGUUGAGUUGGGGAAAACGGGGUUUGUUUUCAACCCUUAUGGAGGGAAAAUGAGUGAGGUGUCAUCUAAUGCGACGCCGUUUCCUCACCGUGCAGGGAAUCUGUUCAAGAUUCAGUACUCGGUGAAUUGGGAUGAACCUGGAGUUGAAGUGGAAAAUAAUUUUACUAGUCAGGCUAGGGCACUAUAUAGUUACAUGACCCCAUUUGUGUCCAAUAGUCCAAGAAGGGCCUUCUUAAACUACAGGGACCUUGAUAUUGGUACCAACAGUUUUGGGAAGAAUAGCUACGAAGAAGGAGGUGUUUAUGGAGUCAAGUACUUCAAUGACAAUUUUGAGAGGUUGGUUAAGAUCAAGACUGCGGUUGAUCCUGAAAACUUCUUCAGGAAUGAACAGAGUAUUCCAGUUCAUCCAGGACAGGACACUACUGGUGCCAGUAAAUCUGGUGCUGCCAAACUGUUACACUUUAGCCUUUGUUGGAAACUUAUGGUAAAGGUGGGAUGGUUGCUCAUCCUGAAAUUAUUCAUAUGAUUAUUUCUAAUAAUACAUGCAGUUAGAAUACUUAGUUUGUUUUACUUUUUUCCUCUGCAAAGAAAAAAAAGUGUAUAUCUAGCUCUUUUGUAUACUGGGAGUUUCCGAAUUGGUGUUAAGGUUUCUGGAAUAAUAUUAAUACAGCAGAAAGGAUAUGUUACAUGCAAGCAAAUGUGUCCUUUGGAAAGAAAAGGA